AUGCCAGGUGCUCCUGAGACCGCCCUCAACUCCUUGGCACUCCUCAACAGUUCCAGACGGAAUCCAUCGGUGGUCUGGCUGACGGGGAUUCCUGGUCUGGAAUCCAACCUCGCCUGGGUCUCCAUCCCGUUCUGCGCCAUAUAUCUCAUUUCCCUUUUGGGAAACUCCGUUAUUCUUUUGGUGAUCAAAGCAGACCAAAGCCUCCACAAGCCCAUGUACAUCUUCCUCUCCAUGCUGGCUAUCACAGAUCUUGGUUUAUCCAUCUCCACCAUACCAACCAUACUAGGCGUCUUUUGGUUCAACGCCAGAAGGAUCAGCUUCACUGCUUGUUUCACCCAACUCUUCUUCAUCCACUCCUUCUCACUGAUGGAGUCCUCUGUGCUCUUGGCCAUGGCCUUCGAUCGCGUUGUGGCCAUCCGCAACCCCCUCAGGUACGCCGCCAUCUUGACCAUGCCCAGAAUCAGGAAGAUGGGCCUGGUAUUUGUGGCCAGAGCGGUGGCUUUGGUCUUGCCAUUUCCCCUUCUUCUCAGAAGACAUCGCUACUGUUGCGUCAAUCUCCUCUUCCACUCCUACUGCCUCCAUCAGGAGGUGAUGAACCUGGCGUGCUCGGAUAUCACCGUCAACAUCAUUUAUGGCAUGUUUGUCAUUUUAGUCACAGUGGGGGUGGAUUCACUCCUCAUCCUCUUCUCUUACGUGGUGAUCCUCAAGACCGUGUUGGGCAUCGCGUCACGGGCAGACCGCCACAAAACUCUCGGCACUUGUGGCUCGCAUGUCUCUGCAGUGUUGCUCUUCUACACACCAAUGAUUGGCUUAACUGUGAUACACAGGUUUGGGAAGGAUUCCCCACUCUUUGUCCGUGUUUUUAUGGGCUACGUGUACCUGCUGGUGCCACCCCUCAUGAACCCCAUUGUGUACAGUGUAAAAACCAAGCAAAUUCGAGACAAGAUCAUCCAAAUUUUCCUCAAGUGGUACACGAAAACUAGAAGUUUUUAUUCUUAG